CACCCUUACUGGUAUGCUCGAAUCAUUGGUGUAUUCCAUGCACUCAUUAUUCACACUGGCGAGCACUCAAAAUCCAGUGAACCCCAGCAAAUGGACUUCCUUUGGGUCCAAUGGUUCGGUCGAGAUCCUGGAACAGAACGGCACCCCUACGCUGCUGGUUGGAAGGUGAAGAGGCUCGAACGGGUAGGAUUCAUCCCAAGUGAUGACCCUGGAGCCUUUGGUUUCCUGGAUCCACAGCAAGUGAUCCAUUACAACCAAUCUGAAUUGUUGUACCCACACCGUGGAAUUCAUCUCAUCCCUGCAUUUGACUAUGGUCACACACAUGCCCUUCUUCCACCCUCAAUUGCACGCCCGACUCAUGACAACAAUGAAGAUUGGACAUUUUUCUAUGUUAAUAUGUUCAUCAAUCAAGAUAUGAUGAUGCGCUUUCAGGGAGGCGGAGUUGGACACAAAUCCACC